UCGUUGUCCGAGGAACAAGUGGUGGACAUGGCGACGAGGGUUGGAGCAUCGACGCCAUUUAGCAUGGCAAAUGCUAUCGGAGGGGCUAAAUAUUCCAACAAUCCGCAGGCCCGACGAAGUGGCUCCAAGAUCACAGCUCCGACGCCGUCACCGACGAGCCAUUUUACACCGUGCAUGCCCACGGAGUGGAUCUGCUUGUGUCAAUACACCAAGGGGUGAGGCAACGGGACUUGGAGGGUGGGGCAGAGGGGGUUAUCAACUACUUCGUGAGCGAGUUGGAUUUGAGGUGGCGGAUGGGAGCGGAUCUGCUCCUGGUGUGCUACGACCGUGCUCCACUUGUCCCCGCAAUCAAAGGACGCGAGCAGUCGGGAAGGACGGACAAGAUCGGGGGAUACCCUCUCUCGUUCGACCCGACAUCGACGGACGCCAUCCCCCCGUCGCAAUACCAGUCAUGGCUUCGUGACAGCCAGAAGGCAGCGCGAGAUGGUAUCGCCGCGCACCUCGCCGUGGACAUAUUCGACGACAAGAGGUGGACUGGAGACUGCACUCCCAACGGAGUCGUGGCCUUUUACGGUGUCGGUGGUGAGGCUGGUUUGAGAACAUCUGAUGCCGCUAACCCCGCGGUCAGCUCCGGGGGGGGCGUACAGGGAGGACCGGCCACGUCACCAGAGAUACCGGCGCCGGUCGGCAGCGUCGAAAACAGCACCGUGCGCUCUGGCGGGGACGGGACCGAGGAGGGUGGAGUGCCAACGGUUGCGAAAGAGGACCCUCUUCUUCACUACCGAAGGGGCGCGGACCGUUCGGUACAACGAGAACGUGGCCUCAACAUCGGCGAGGCCGAGCUGUCUCUCGUCCACUUCAUCGUGUGGGCCAAAAAGUACUGGGGACGGAAUUCCGAAAACUGGCUGGUUACUUCGGUGGACACGGACCAAUGGAUGAUCAUUUUGCUGGCGAUGAGGACGGGUUUCCUGAAGGCCAGUGGAGAGGGGGCGGUUGAAGUGACUGUGCAGAUGGUUGUGGGUGGUGACCCGAAGUACAUAUGGGUAAACAGGGUGUUCGCCUCCAUCAGCGGCCUUAGGGACAGCGACGAAUCUGUAAGCCUUUUUGUCCUUGUCUACCUGCUUGCUGGUUGCGACUUCCUGCCUGCCAUGACGGGUCUACCUUUCGGGACCAUGUGGGCUCUUGCUCUGAAGAGCGUGCGGACGGAGGGUGUGUUUCGGACGUCUAUCUUCGUGCGUAAGGGUGGUAUCUGGGGCGUCAAGAUCGACGAGUGCAUCAAGUUGUUGGUGACCAUGUUCUAUUUUAAGUAUGAAGCUGUAUUUGCUCGUGGUGGACAGGAGCCCGGCUGGAUUCUCCGUAUGGUCGACGGCGAUGUCGCACAUUACGUCGACGUCAUGCGGUUGCGUAUCCUCAGGCGUGGUUCAAAGAGGGCUACGUCAACGUGCCCUGCGUUCGAGUCCAUGCGCCAGCAGAGCGAGCGAGGCCGUCAGGUGCUUGGUACUGGCAAGACGGCUGUUUAG